UCCAACCAUUAGUGAAAACUUAUAUUAAAAAGGGUCUUUGUUGUUUGUCAGUCAUCUGUAGCUUUGGUAUUUGAAAUCAUUCAGGCUUUUGUUUUGUAAGAUCGAUAGCGUUUGCAGUAUCUUAUUUUAAAUUUGAACUGGAUAACAUUAAACUGUGUUUUCAUCUUUCUUGUGAAAAUGGCUGAACCAAAGGAAACACAGCCAUUUUGGUCCCACAAAUCCCAGAAAUAGGAGAGUUAAGAGAGUUAAUGACAUCAUUAAAUGAAAAAGUUGAUGGUGUGGCUGAAACAAUUCAAACUUCGAAGGAUAAAGGGCUCGGACCUAUGGGACUUGAUGGACCUCAGAUUGCCAAUUCGCAUGGUUGUUAUGUUUAUAACCACUGUUCAUUUCAAACUCCUCACCAUUCAGCAUCCCAUGCAUUGGCUGAAGAACAAGCGGCAGAUUUAAAAGAUAAAAAAAAGGUUGUUCAUGUUUCGGAAAGUGAUGAAAAAUUUUACAAUGAUUAUUCGGAAAGCUUAUGGGAUGGGGUAUAUCCUAUUCGACAUCGUUCACCAAAGGCUCAUGUUUUGAUACUUAACAACUAUGAAGGAUUUAAAGCAGGGGAUGAGAGAAAGGGAGCUAAAACAGAUAGAAAACUCAUGAAGCAAUUAUGGGAGGGGUGUCAAUGUGAAGUUGAAGUAAAAGAAAACCAAACUGCUGAGGCAAUGUGGGAUUCUUUAAUUAAGUUUUCAAGAAGCGACAAACAUAAAUCAUGUGACUUCUGUGUUGUGAUCAUUAUGAGCCAUGGAGGUUUGGCUGAUGGAGGCCAUGAUUACUUUUGUGGAAUUGAUGAUAAACCUAUCAAAAAUGAUGAGGUUGUUAAGUUAUUUAAAAACUCAAAAGACCGUCGUUAUCUGAUUGGCAAACCCAAGCUUAUCUUCUUCCAGAGUUGUCGUGGAGGUAAAAAUACUAAAUAAUUUAUAACUGUAAUA